AUGCCUUUUCGUUCCAUUUCGCACCAACAUUACUCGAUAUCCACAGCACUCAACGAUAUCAACAAUUCAACAAAUUCAACAUCUCCCUAUGAUGUCUUGUUGCAAAUACAUCCCAUUGGCCUCGGAGUUAUCUUCACAACCAUCAAUUGGUUAUUUACAACACUCGGAGCUGCAGCUUGCUUCUUCAUGAUUUGCUGUGCUAAAUCCACGAAUCGAUUCUAUGAUGAUUUCCUAGCCUUGAGCUUUGGGUUAGGAGGUGGUAUCAUGCUUGCUGCUAGCUUCUUCUCAUUAUUGGUUCCUGCCAUCGAGUUAUCCGAGAAACAAUAUCCCGAAUAUGUUUCAGUUUUGCCAGUAUUUGGAGGAUUCGCAAUUGGAAUCAUCUUCUUUCUUGUUUUUGAUGUUGCUCUUGAUUACAUCAAUGAUUAUGUAGAAAAGAAGAAAAUACAGUACGACCGAGAGUUGCAGAAAUUAAAAGAGAAUGAAUUGAGUACCAUUCAACCCAUGCUGUCCCAUCAUGAGGCAACACCUUCUUCAACGAGUUUACUCCAAGCAUCCGAUUCUUGUGAGAACAUUAUUCGUCCAUCCAAAGAAGAGGAUAAGACUGAUCAGUCCUGUGUGGAACUACCGUAA